UCCAUGUUUUACCUCUCUAUUUCCUUCUUUCCCUCUUUCUAUCUUUCCCUCUUUCCCUUUUGAUUUCAACAGGGGGAAUCUCAAUGAUAUAGUUGGGGUUUUCUAGAGGUGAAACAAUCCAUGCUACAAGUUCAUUUUAUUCCUUAUUUUACAUCAUUUGAAACUUAUAGCCACAGCCAAACCAACCCCUAUCCUCCACUCCAUGGGUAACUUCAGCCUCUCAGUCACUAUGUUGUGUGUGUGUGUGUGUGUGUGUGUGUGUGUGUGUGUGUGUGUGUGUGUGUGUGUGUGUGUGUGUGUGUGUGUGUGUGUGUGUGUGUGUGUGUGUGUGUGUGUGUGUGUGUGUGGCAGAGCAGAGGCAGCCCCUGUUAGCAGGGCUGUCUGUUGGGCACAGUUGUCCCUGGCCAGGGCUGCUAACGGCAGUUGCACGGCUGUUUUCCAUGACGCCUCGACCACCGGCUCUUUCACGAGUCAACAACUGAUGCAGUCAGCGGGGUCUUCCAGAGAGCCCUGGGGCAGAGAGAGAGAGAGAGAGAGAGAGUGGAUGAGAAAGGCAGCCACUGUGUGCUGGAGAGUGAGAGGGGGCCUGCAAGGGUGCGGGAUGUUAGCAAGCUAAACAGCUUUAGCUCCGGAGGGAAACUGGAUAGAUUAAAGCUCAUUUCCAACAGCAGAAAGCUGGGAAAGAAGUGGGAUUUCUUAUGCUCUGAAAUUCUUGAAAAUGGUUAUAGUUAAACAUGUGGGAGAAUGCUUUGGAGGAAUUCAGAACAUACUGGAUUCAGAAGAGGAUUUGUUACAUGGGAGUAUGAUAGGUCAAAUGUAUAGGAUUAUACGACUUGGAUGACUAGGUUACAGUUUAUUGACCCUCUAUCAGUGGUCCACUGUCUGUUGGUGAGAACUCAAUUAAUACACACCUCUUUAUUUAUGAACUGCUCAUUCAGUAUAGGGAUUUGUUCAGUAACAGUAGAUUUAUUAGGACAUGACUUGGUCUGUAAUGUUGUUGAGAUUGGGUAAUUUGAGACAAACUCCCCAGUUGUAGCAUAGCUUAGCCUAGUUUAGCAGAGUCGGCCGGUUCUUGGCAUGGCUGAGUCGGACACAACCUUUGACCUCUUGGUUAAUGUUCCAUUUGUAAGGUGCUAGGUGGGAACACGCUACUCGGUGGACCCCUCACCCAUGAAAUCCACGUGGUACUGCCCUCUGGAUCUGUCCACAGUCGCUGAGGAAGAGGAGGAUGGAAUCAUCUACACCGUCGUGGUCAAACAACAUCCCAGCACCCCCAACAGGUCACUGUCCAAAUCUGUCUCCCGUUCGCAGUGCGUGAAGGCGGGGACGGAGGAGAAGCUGGUGCUGCACCUCCUCCACUCCUUCGCCAUGGGGGACUCCUCCUUCAUCGCCGUCUUCCUCUCCACCUUCCGUUCCUUCACCUCCACCCGGAGGGUCCUGGAAAUCCUCAAAGACAGAUUGGAAAACCCACCGGGAGACAAUGCAAGAAGCCACACCAGACAGUCUUUCAACGAGGCAGUAUGCAUGGUGUUCAGCACCUGGCUGGCGGAGUACCCAGAGGACUUCCAGACACUGGGGGACCCCACCUGCCUGCUCCACCUCGCCCCUCUGUUGCCUAGCGACACGUUGACGGGCGCCGACCUGUGUGCACGAAUCCUGCGCAUCGCAGAGGAGCUCAGCGAGAAGGCCCUGCUGUCGGACUCACGCUCAUACCAGCCUCCAGACCCUUCCCCUGAUACCUCCGCAUUUGAACCCACCAAGGUCCUGGUCUUCCCAGCCGCGCUCAUCGCUGAGCAGCUCACCAAGAUGGAGACGGAGCUGUUUGUGCGUCUGGUCCCGUACCACUGCCUGGGCUCGCUGUGGUCCCAGCGGGACAAGAAGGGCCACGAGGACGUCUGUUGGUCGGUGCGGGCCACCGUCCGUCAGUUCAACCGGCUGGCCAACGUGGUGCAGGCCUCCAGCCUCUGCCCCAUCCACCUGAAGAGCCAGCAGAGGGCCCGGCUCCUGGAGAAGUGGAUCAGCGUGGCGGAGGAGUGUCGCGCCAGAAAGAACUUCUCCUCGCUGUACGCCAUCGUGUCGGCGCUGCGCAGCAACCCUCUGCACCGGCUGCGACGCACCUGGCAGGAGACAGACAGGGAAGCAGUGAGGAGGUACGAGGAGCUGUCGGAAAUCUUCUCGGACAAGGACAACUACUCUCAGAGCAGGGUCCUACUGAAGGGGGAGGGAACGGCGAAGUUUGCGAUCCACGACAACCGAGCCAACAACCGGCGUCAUCCUGGGGCCAGCGCCCAGGGCACAGUGCCUUAUUUGGGCAUCUUCCUGACGGACCUCACCAUGCUGGACACAGCCGUCAAGGACAACCUUGAAAACGGAUACAUCAACUUUGACAAAAGGAGGAGGGAAUUUGAGGUUUUGGCACAGAUCCGUCUCCUCCAGUCCUCCUGUAAGAACUGUGUGUUCUGGUCCGACCAGACCUUUGUGGACUGGUAUUGGAGCGCGCCAACCUUAACAGAGGAGGAGAGUUACAGACUGUCCAAUGAGAUCGAAGCCCCUAGCGAACCGAGCCCCCGCGUCUACACGCCUACCGUCAUCAUCACAGAGUGCGCCAGUUUGAGCGCUUCCCAGACGAGCCUAGCGAGCGACUGCGAUACCUCCUUUGACUUCCCUUCUCCUGUCAAUCAACUGCUCUCCAAAUUUGCAAAGCACAUGAAGUCCCCCUCGGUCUCCUGUCUCGACGUGGACACUUCCCCUCCCACCAACGAGUCCAGCCCGGUAUCGUUGACCCCUUCGACGCCCGUCAAAUCACAUCGCAGAUCGGUCUCCUGCGGCAACAACCCGUCCUAUAACAGCCAGGGGUCCGGGCCCGACAUGCGCAUCAUCAGGAUACGGAUGGACCUGCAAGACGGCAACCUGUACAGGAGCAUACUGGUGACCAGUAACGAUAAGACCCCCACUGUGGUGAGCUCGGCGCUGGAGAAGCACAGCCAGGACACCAGGGAGGCCUCCAGAUACGAGCUCAUUCAGCUCCUCCCUGAAGGAAAAGAGCUGAUCAUCCCCGCCACCGGCAAUGUCUUCUACGCCAUGACUUCAUCGAGCGUUGACUUCCUGUUGAGGAGGAAAGGUGGGAAAACUCUGCUUGGUCCACAGCCAAUCAGCACAGAGACCAGCGCAACGUUCCCUCGAAUCAAGGCCAAGGGGCGGAGACUCGUCCGAACUUUGUUUUGACAUCCAAAGAUCCACCCGGUGUGCUUUUCUCUCUCCGUAGCUCCAUGAUCCACUGCUCUCCUCAGAGUAAUGUCAAGAAUGUAGACGUCCUGGAACAUGGCCUUGUCUCAGAAGCACACAUCUCUAAAGCUAACCAGCCCUGCACUCUCCCCCCAUGCAAAGCGCUUCCUCUCUCUCCUCUGGUCUACUCAGCCUCCCCUCCAGCAGCCUAUGCCUGGAUCAAGUCUCCACAGGUCGGGACACCAGGAGCUCUGAGCUCCACCUUGCUUUUCCUCACACGGCGCUGACCAAGCAAUGAAUGGGGGCCAUGGGUGAUGGAACCGUUUUGAUAGCCAAUGGAAGCUCUGGAUGAGAAGCUGUGGCUCCGCCUUGUGAUUUUCCAGACCAAUACCCCGCAGUGGGACACGUCUUAACACGAUGUAGAAAUACAGUCAAUACAGUUUUCCGACAAAGGAAAAAUUACAGACCAUGGAAAGUUAUGACUGGAAAUGGAAAAAGAAAUCUGAUGCAAGCAUCAAUGUUUGUGUGUGUGUGUUUGUGUGUGUGUGUGUGUGUGUGUGUGUGUGUGUGUGUGUGUGUGUGUGUGUGUGUGUGUGUGUGUGUGUGUGUGUGUGUGUGUGUGUGUGUGUGUGUGUGUGUGUGUGUGUGUGUGUGUGUGUGUGUGUGUGAUGUCAGGGCAGUGUUUACAGUUAUAAGGAUUGUUUGUAGUUUGUCGUGAGAUUGCUAGUUAAUUGUAAAAAAACUAAAAUGAGCACUGAUGAUUUAUCGUUUCAGAAAUUACGAUAAGGUCAUAAAACGUGUUGUACUCUGUAUGCCUUGAUAAAAGCAAAUGCAUAUAUAUAUGCAAGAAACCUAAAUUUAGAGCACUUUCAAAGCUUGUGUCUUUACCUAACUAUUACAUGUAAUACAGCACAGAAUGAAAAUAAAUCGAAUCAACCAAAACAAGUUGACAGGAAAACACUAAGAAAAAACAACUAGUAACAUCACCGCUAACAGGCUAACGUUUCCAGUUACGUUUCAUCAAAUCGUAAGCCAACGCUGAUGUUUGGUUCAUGUUUUAAACUAUGUUUGAUCAGGGUGACCAUGUCUUGACCUCAUCAUUAUAAUCUGGGUCCUCUAACCAAUUACAUCUAUUUGGUUUUUAACGGAACUGUCGAUGCAAAAAAAGCCACCUACGCAAAACUUAACUUUUCAGUGCACUUUUUUUUACGUACAACAUAAAGCCUCCAUCUUCGAUAUGGUGUUGUGUGUCUCUUCAGUAAGUAAGACGAGCCACACAAUCUUUAAAGCAACCAGCUUACAAAGAAAAUGGAGGACAGUCGUUCUUCCGACAAGUUCCCUCUCAAUGAGUUCUGGUGACCUCUGGUUCGUCCAGCCCCGUCGGAGCCAAUGAGGCCUGCUCACAGACCGAUGGCUGGGGCGCGGUCGGGCCGGAGAGAGGAUUAUGGGUAAUUUGCGAUGGCGGCUUGUACGCCUAUGGUGUGAGCGCAUUUGCUACACUGUUAGUUGUUUUUAGUGCCUUUCUCCUAUGGGUGCUUAUUUUUCUUGUAUUUGCAAUUGAUUGUAUACCUUCCGUGUGGAUGUGCAGUCAUUCAAAGCGCUGUCCCGACCCACAUCAAAAGCUAUUUAUGCACUACAUAAAGUAUGUCUUAUUUUUGUGGUAAUAAAUUUACUUUUAUAUGAAGUCCAGUUGCCAUUUGAUUCACUAUCCAAACUGACCAAAAAGUUAAACAGGUGUCUAUGAUUUCUUUUCUAAAUAAUGAUUGAAUUUGUGUAGAAUUAUUAGAAAUUAGAAACAAACAUCCUCUUGCUAAACAUAUUUAUUCUGAUUCAAUCAUCACAGAAAAUAUGUAAAAAAAGACAGACAUCAACAUUGGAUAAAAAGACAACCCCUGAACAAGCCACAAAAUACAUCUCCAGUGUAGGCCUACAAUACAUGAUUUUGACUUUCAACAAACAUUAGGUACUUAGUCUUAGUAAUUCCGUGAUCAGUGUAUUUAGCAGCUAAUACAGUCUGAAUCAUAAUAAUACAAAAAUAAAAAUAAAUGAUUUUUCAUUUAGAUUUGAUGGUUCAUACAAAAGCAUAAAUCAAUCACCUGAAUGGCAAAUGAGAUUUUGAACUCUUCACAGCUGUUUAAAGCCUGAACAGUCAUUACUUUAGCUUAGCCGUUAACGUCCGCUGCAUCACACAUCGUACCGUUGCUACAAUCCAUGCAAGACAGGGCGGAGCUGCGAUAGGCCUUCCAAACCACAGGGUUCUGCUGGCACACGGUACCCCCGCCCCGCUUCUCCUCCGCCUGGAUCCUGUUGAUGUCCCCCACACACACCCAACCCCCAACGCCCCGAGACCCAGACCCGCUCCCAGACCCAGGCGCCUGGGUACUCACAGCCCACUUUGAGUGGUCUGCGGAGGCGUUGAUGUUGGCUGUGUGGCCCGGGUUCACGACCGAGACGUCAAGGACCUUCCAGGGCCCUGUGCAGCUGGAGGGGAGGUGACCCUUGGCGCACACCCAGAACCGGACCAACAGGUGGGACUGCAGGGUAGGGGCCACCCAGGAUGAGUACAGGUCUGGUCGCAGCAGCCACAUGAGACAGAAAGCAGCAGAGGGUUUAAAUGAAGGCCAUGUGAGGUCACCCGAGCUUGUUUGCAGCAUUUAUAGUAUUUUUUGUUUUAUAACAACACAUGCAUCUAAAAAGGUACAAUAUGCAUCAUGGUAACCAUGCUUUUAAAAUGGGAACUGCAGUCCAAAUUCACAAUAUAGGAGGGUUGUGUUCGUCUAGGGAGAGUUGUGUUCCCCCACCUUCCUCCUCCCUGGCCCAGACGGCACAAGGGUACAAGACGAGCCGAGGGCAACAUUACAAUUCGAGACAAGCGCAAUUAUUCUAUUUCAUCAGUGAUAAGCGACGACGAGUCGUACACGAUGAUCAGCUUAUAAAAAUCUUUGGAAUUUAUUCUUUGUUUGCAAAUUAUAAAGCCGCCAUGUGGAAUCCCUAUUGCAAUCCUUCUGUGCUCCAG